AUGCUCCACGGGGCCCCCACAGCUGGCGGCGACCGCCGCGGCCCCUGGGGACGAGGCUUUGUGCUGGGCCCCGCGCGGCCGCCUCCCGGCCUCAUCCCCGGCCGGCGAGGCAGGCUCCCGGGGCAGGGCGAGGCGGGGAGGGCCCCGACCCGGGGCGCGGUGCAAGGGCCUCGCGGGGCCGCCGCCUACGCCCAGGCUCGCCAGACCCUGAGCAGGAGCCUGCGCCGCCGCCGCCGCCGCCGGCACCGCCGCGAAGCCGAAGCCGAGCCCGCCGCCGCUGCUGCUCCCGCCGCCGCUUCAGCGCCACACAUCGCCGGGACACCCGCGCCGGGCAGCCCUGCCGGCCGCCCGCUCGUCCGCCAGGUGACCAGCCCGAGCCCAGGGCCGCCGCUCCCGCCUGCCGCCCCCGGGACCCCACGGCUCCACGCGCCCCUCGCGGCGGGCCGCCGGGGUUUCCGAGCCACCCCCGAGCGGCGCGGCCGGUUUGCAGGCGCCCGCCCGGGCAUCUCCGAGGCGCGCCUCGCGCAGGACAGGUCCCCGGGCCUUCCGCUGCGCUGGCGCCGCGCUAAUGACGCACGGGGUGCCCGACCGAGCGGGGCCAUUGGAGGUCGCCGCGGGAGCCGGCGUGGCGGCGGCGCAGGGUCCCGCCUCCCGGAGCUGCGUGCCGGGCAGAGUGCGGGGCGGCGGCUGCGGGCGCGUUACCCUCCGCGGCGCCUUCCCCCUCGCGUCUUUGCAAGUGACCUCUGCGGGACCUAAGAGGAGCCCGUGACCCCCUCACCACCCGCCGGUUCCUCACACCUGAGAGGCAGGCCCGCCGGACGCUGGGGGACACCACCGGAGCGAGACGUCGAAUCUGCUCCUGGAACCUUCCGGAAAAGGGAGAGAGGGCGAAGCCAAGAGGGAAAUGAGGGGGAUGCUGAACGUGGCGAGAGUUCUGUCCUGGAUGAGGGGAGGUUGCUCAGGAGGUAACCCGUUCACGCCGAGGCAAGAAAAGGAGCCGGCCGUUGAAAACCCAAGGGAGGGCUUUGGGAGCAGAUGGGACAGCAGGUGCAUGAGUCUUAAGGUGGAAGCAAAGCUUAGUGGGUUCCAGAAGCUAGAGUAGACCGAAUGGCGGGAAAGUGACCCAAGAUGGGGCUGGAGAUGUGGAAAGGACCUGAGUCGUGUAUGGACUUCGGGUUUAUUGUAAACCACUGGGAAGUUGUGAGCUGGAGAGUGAUGUCAAAUUUCUCUUUUUUAGUUAAUUAAUUUAAAAAUUUAUUUACUUGAAGGGCAGGGCAACAGAGGGAGAGGGUGAGUUAGAGAAAGAGAGGAGAAUCUUUCAUCCACUGGCUCACUCCCCAAAUGUCUGCAACAGCCAGGGCUGGGCCUGCCCUACCCCAGCAGCCAGCAACUCCAUCCUGGCCUCCCACAUGGGUGGCAGGAGCCCAAGUACCUGAACCAGCAUCCGGUGCCUCCUAGUGCACGCGUUAGCCGGAAGCUGGAUGGGAAGCGGGGCGGCCAGGACCACAGCCAGCACUCAGAUGUGGGCUGCUGGUGUCACAGGUGGCAGCUUAACCUCUGCGCCACAGUGCUGGCCCUGAUAAAUCUGUUUUGGAAGAUCGCCCUGCUCUGUAAAGAAUGGCAUGUAGGCAAGCAAAAGCGGAAGUGUCAACAACCAUCUUGACCACUGGGAAUAAUCCAGAUGAGAGACUGUUGCUCAAAUAUAGGAGGUGGCAGUGUGGAGAGAGAAAAAAAUGGAUUCAAGGUAAGUUUUGGAGAUGACGUUGACAGGACUUCCCGAAGGGCUGGAUGUCAAAGGUAACCAAGAAUUUCAUCAGGGAGAACUGCUGAAGCCACUGGGUGGAUGUGAUGCCGUUCAGUGAAUGAAAUACUUGCCGGGAGAGAGUGUGGGCUCCUCCGAGUUCUCGUCUGUGGAGGCCGCCUGGGCGCUUUUAUGAGCUACAGCAGAGGACCAGUCAAGUAAGUGAGUGAUGGAGACUUGGUAGUGCACCAGAAUAAAGUGACUGCUGUCUCUGUUGGCCGUACACCUGCACUCCAUUCCUCAGCCCCUAAGUAGCCAUGGCCACGUGCCUGUGCUCUCCCCAGCGGACAGUGAGCAGGACAGCUGUGCACAGUUUCCAGAACUGGCCCGGAAAGCCCUCCUGCAGGUGCUGCACUGUGCUCUGACCUGUUCUGCCACCUGGACACGGACCGUGAGAAGAGUCUGGACAAGACAGAGGCUCCGAGUAGAAGGUUCCUGGGUAGAGAAGUCUGCCUCUCUUCACAGAUGUCUGCAUGUGAAUGUGAUGUGAGAAAAAUAAACUUCUUUUUUUGUGGAGCG